AGGUGAAUAUCCCACGGGCAUAAAUAACGUUAUUAGGCACACCUCGCACCAUGCCCCGUUGCUACAUCGUGAAGAAGCAGACCGCGGUCCCGGCCUUUGGCCGCUUCCCAACCACUAAUGGCCCCCACCAGGUCACGUUUAUUGGCGCGGGCACCGGUGGAAGUACCGGUGUGGGCGCCACCACCACCACAACGGUCGGAACGCCGACGGAAGUGGGAAAUGUGAUUGUGAAUCAUAACGGCACCAUGGCCACGCUGGGAGCGUCACCCGGGGUCAUCUGCGGUCCCGUUGUCGGCCAGGGAGCGACCCCGGGAACCGGAAAUGUGAUUAUACUGAACAGCGUGAGCGUAAUCAGUGGAGGACCCGCCGGGGGAGGUGGGGUUACGCUGGGUUCGCCCGGGGGUGGCCAGAUGGGCGGGGUGAUACACCACAUCGAGGACACCAGCAGCAGCAGCGCCGGGCCGACCAGCCCGACAGAGGCGUGCGUUGCGCCGAUCUAUUACACCAACAUAGCGGAGAAUCAGAACGGAUUCUCAAUCCAGCUAAGCGAUUACCGGAACAUAAAAUGUGGGCCAAACACCGUCAUCUCCUCCUCCAGCGCCACCUCCGCGGCCAGUCUCAACAAGGCCACCACCACCAACAUUAGCCACGUGAAAGCUAAUGCCACCAGACAUUUAACGGUAAGUGCUUCCUCAAACCAUUCCGUCGUCAACCAGUCGCCUUCGGCAGCUUCAGCAACAGCAGCUACAGCCACAGCAGCAGCAGCAACAUCAACAACAACGGUGCUAAAAUCCGGCCGUAGCCAUAAUAAUUAUCCGAAUAAAAGAGAACAACAGAUGUUAAUUUACACGCAGCCCUCAUCAGAUAAGAGGAAGGCAGCAGAUAAAUCACCCUCGCCAGCGGCGGCCACGUCCACCACCACCACUUCCAGCCAGCAAAACUCCGCCGAAGGCAGCAGUACAACAGGUCGUCAGUUCCCGUUUGACACCACCUCGCCGAUAUUCCGCGAUCGGAGCAUCGAAGAAACGGAAGCGGCGCAUGAUUUAUUGUCCUUAUCGCAAAGUUUGCCACCACUUCCGGCACCGUGCGUCGUGACGAUUCUUCAUCCCGGCGGGGGUAACAUCCAGCAAGCGGUCGAGCAACACGGCAGCAGUGCUGUCCAACCGCAGGAGCUCAACGCCGGGGUCAUCAACAUUGUUGACGGUAACUACCAGUGCCCACCGGGCGCGGUCAUCAUCCCAUGCUACGAAAUCACCACGACGACGCAGCCGGUUCCGACGGUUGUCAAGACCAUUGCGGCGACCCCGCUUACACCUCCAACCUCGGAACACUCGUCCGACACGGACAGCAACGGCUCCUCACCGUCUACCGUGGUAACGUCUUCCAACAAGCGCAACAACCGGAAAUCAUCCGGAACUUCCGCCAAAAAGACCAAGUCCGGCGAGCAAGCGGCAGUGUCGUCCACAACGACCAAAGCCGCCGCCGAACUGUACACCUACGAUGACCUCAUCUCCAGCGAUGGCCGCUCGAAGAACCGCAAGAAAAACCCAUCGGCGACCUCCAAAACCUCCGACCGCAAGCAACCCUCGCCGGACGCCAAGUCUCCAACUUCCACGGAAGACCCGCAGCAAGCUGCUCCAAGCCCAAAGGGCAAGUACAAGUGCCCCGAGUGUGGCAAGCAGUACGCAACCUCCAGCAACCUGUCCCGCCACAAACAAACCCAUCGCAGCCUCGAUUCCCAGUCGGCCAAAAAGUGUCAAACGUGCGGCAAAGCGUACGUCUCGAUGCCGGCCCUGGCCAUGCACCUCCUAACUCACAAGCUAUCCCACAGCUGCGGCGUGUGCGGCAAGCUGUUCUCGCGACCUUGGCUGCUGCAAGGGCACCUCCGCUCGCACACCGGUGAAAAACCGUACGGCUGUGGCCACUGCGGCAAGGCCUUCGCCGACCGGUCCAACCUGCGGGCCCACAUGCAGACCCACUCGACGGACAAGAACUUCGAGUGCCAGCGGUGCCACAAGACGUUCGCGCUCAAGUCGUACCUCAACAAGCACCUGGAGUCCGCGUGCUACAAGGAGGACGACGUGAUGCAGGUCAACGGGCGGAAGAUCUUCCACAGCAGCCAGGACAUCGACCGGGACGAGGCCCGGCAGCGCCAGCUGCAGCUCGACGAGAACAGUAGCAUGACGAUCGAUGUGGUGACCACGACUUGUGAUUAUGACGGGGGUGGCGACGCGUCACCGGACCGGGACGAUGAUGAUGGUUUUGACGAGGAUGAGGACAUUGACGUGAUUACGGCGUAAAGUCGCCGGCGUGACUUUCCUGUUCUAUGUGACGUUUUCCUGUGAACUCUUGAAUCUUUAUCCGCCUUCUUCCCUUUGUCCUUUUGAACUCUCUGUAGAGCCUUUUUGUUAAAUAGAAAUUGUGGUUUCAAAAUGACAAGUAUAAAAAAGUGCAUGAUAAAUUUGUAAUCAAAAGUUUCUCAGCGAAAACAUUUUUUUCUAUACCCAAACAAUCAAUG